AUGACUGUAGAGCAAAACAACACCAUGGGAAGCGAGACUUUCCCGACACCUGACAUACGAGAUGGUCACAACGAUGGAAUGUCAUUUCGCUACAGCAAUGGCGAUCUUUCGUCAGGAAACCACCCGCCUGGCGACUCCCAUCCACGAAAGGCUGCCACUGAAUUAUGCUCCGAGCAUGGACAUUCCCUGGGCCGCAUACGCCCUAUGUCCAAACAUUCAGGAGCAGCAGUGUCGACCUUCUUCAAUGGACUGUUCACCACGAUCAUCGGCAUUGCAACGCUGGGCGCAAGCAUUACCUUCUCUUACGUCCUGUCAAACAAUACAUCCAUUCCACCGUCGCGAAGCCCGUCCUUCGACUCGCAGCAAAUCCAGCUGUUCCUUGCAAUCAGCUGGCUCUUAUUCUUGCUUGCACUGGCGUUUGCAUCCCUCGGCUCGACGCUCCUGACCUUCUUCAAGACUCAUUGGACUGCGGACUGGGACGGGAUCAAUGGCAAGACCAGUCAAUGGAGUGUCCAAGUGUAUGCGGUCUUCGCCAGCGGGCUCUUGGGAGCAUUGACCGUGGGAGCUUUUGUCUUGUUGUGUCUUGUGGUGGUGGCUUACUCUGCCGUCAUCGGCUGGAUUGCACUCGGUUUCACUUGCUUCUUCGGCAUUGUCAUCCUCGUGGCUGUCAUCAACCAAGCCCCAUGGCCUUGGAGAAACAACACCCCGUCAUCAUCCAGCAGGCAUCAGAGUGUAUAUGCUUGA